AUGUUAAGAGACUUAAACCAACCACAAGGUGGUGAAGCAAAUGAAAUGUCAUAUGACGACAAGUAUAGACACUUCUCCAUGGCAAAGAUGAGACAAGUUUUAAAUAUUUACAAUAGCCGUAAACAAAAAGGUUUGGGAAACCACUCCCCCGAAGAAAUGAAAAACAACCCUGACUUAGAGAAAGACUAUAUAUUUAAUAAUUUAGUCAAAAGAGACAAACAAGAAAGAAUGCCGGGCUUCAAACUUCAGAAAGGUGACAAAGUAAAAAUAGAAAUACCUAAACGCGACCCAUAUGAAAAUACUAUUGACUAUGACAACAAUGGGAACCCGACAGGUACUCACAUUCGUGUUCGUAAAAAUAGAAGAAAGUAUACAAGAGAAUAUUAUGAAGUUUUAGGCAAACAUGGCAAAAUGUACAGACUGCAAGCAGAAGAUAAAACUACUAUUGUCAGACCUCGUUUCAAACUUGUCAAAGUUCAAGGUGGUAUACUUUCAAAGACAGUUCCUAACAAAUAUAAGACAACUCCUGACGAAUAUGCUAAAGAAGUUGAAAAUGACGACUAA